AUGAAGGCGUGUAAAUGUUUUCUACUUUAUAAAGCAAUAGAGAAGGAUGACGAAAAACUAGUUUUAAAUUUACUCAAAUCCUUCAACGUCAACCGAAAAAACUGCAAGGACUAUUCUCUAUUAUCUUGGGCAGUUAUAAUGAACAAUAUAAAAAUGGUUAAAUUACUUUUAGACCAAGGAGCCAGUCCUGAAAAUCCGGAUAAAGAGUUUUUUCCCAUCCAUCACGCCGUGUGUAUCGGAGCAUUAGACAUUUUCAAGCUAUUCGUGAGUUAUGGUGUUGAUAUAAACCAAAAAACAGUUUUCGGAAGUCAUUCUAUCCAUUUAGCAGCUCGAUAUGGUCGGAUUGAAUUCUUGGAAUUUCUAGAAAAACAUAAAGUAGAUGUUAAUCUUAAAGAUAGAUGCGAAUCCACUCCUCUUUUUUGCGCCAUUAUCAAUAGACAAAUAAACGCCGUUGAAUUCCUUAUUAAACACAAUGCUGAUGUUAAUAAAAUAGAUAGAUACGGUAAUACCCAUCUAUAUUUUUCGGUUGGUUUCGGUUUUAAAACAAUCACGAAACUGUUAAUUUCUAAUGGUGCUCGAUUAAACAGAAGAAAUUUUUCUGGUUGGACGCCUCUUCAUUUAGCCGCUCGUUUGGGCGUCUUAGAAAUGUUAAAACUUCUAUAUGAAGCUGGCGCUGAAUGUAAAUUAACUGGAAAAUGCAGACAUUACAGCCCAUUACAUCUAGCGGCUGAUUCAGGAAAUAUUGAAAUACUAGAUUAUUUUAUAAGCAAAGGGGCGGAUGUUAAUUUCCAAACUGAACAUGGGUAUAGUCUUCUGCAUGCUGCAGUUCGAAAUAAUCAUCCUAAAUUAGCGCUCUAUUUGAUCGAUCAUGGAGCUGACGUGAAUGCUACUACUACAAAUAAGAAUUAUAGCGUUUUGGAUUUUGCCGCGCGCUCUGCUAAUCCUUGUACUAUAAAUAUUCUAAUACAAAAUCUGGCGAAAUUUGAUGUGAAAUCCAAUGGGGAUUGUCGUCUUUUGGAUUUAUUAGCAAAAGAUUUUUCUUACUACGCUUCUACUUCCAAUAUGAAAAAGUGUAAAGCGGCUGCGGAGAUUGUUAUUAGAUUUCAUACUUUACGGAAUCGUUAUGUACCGCUUUCCGUUCCGAAAAAAUUUCCUUUUUCGAAGGAACUGAUUCAGUUUGGGUAUCGAUGCAAACGAGAUUUGGAAGAAAUGGAUAAAAAUUAUUUGGGCGCUACAUCGAUUUCCCAAUAUAAACUUUUGAAUGCUUUAUUCGAUGAUACAAAACUCGCUAAAUAUUUAUGUAAUAGAGAAAUAUCAAAUUUAUGUCGAGAUAUUGAAGCUUAUAUUGAAAUACCUUCAAAUUGUGAGAAUAUUAAGAGGUUGAUCAAAAAUGGAGUAUCUAGGGGUAAGCUCAGACAAAAAUUAUUAGAUCGAGUCUCUUCUAUGUCAGCCGAUAAAACACUUAUAGUUUUACCUCCAGAAAUUAUAAUGAAAAUCUGUGAUUAUCUUAGUAUAAAAGACUUAAUUUCUUUUGUGAAUUCGAAUACUAGGUGUCUCGUUCAAAAAUAG